GGGUAACUUUUUCUCCCAUUAGUAUUGUUUCAUCAUUUCCUGUUAUUGGAGCUAGCAGAAAUAUUUUGUAUUUAAGAGCUGUCGUUGUUGGGGAAACAUUAAGUUCCACAUUGAGGAGAGAUUUCAGUUCUAUUCCUGCACUCUGUUUGGAAUAAAGUAUCAAAUAUGUGGUUACCAAUUGUUGCUUCAGUUGCUGUCCUUGCCGUCGCUCUAAUAUUACGGUAUUACAGGAAAAAUGACGACUACUGGAAAAAACGUGGAGUAACUUAUGUUCCCCGAGAUGACAUCAUAACUUUAACUCGCAACAUGUGUUACAAGCCAAUACAUGAACUGGUACUGAAUCUAAGAAAACAUGGUAAAGUAGUUGGCGCCUUCGAAUUUCGAUCACCUUUUCUUGCAAUAGCUGAUCCUGAGCUCGCGAAAGAAAUACUGGUGAAAGACUUUCAUCUUUUCCCAAACAGAAGGGACGAUUUUUUUACGGGCGAUCAGAUGUUUGACAACAUGGUUACAGCAUUGAGAGGUGAAACCUGGAAAAGAGUAAGGACUAUAAUCACACCAGCUUUUACAUCCAGGAAAAUGAGGAAAAUGUCUCAGAUCAUGAAUGAUUGCGCGAAAACUGUAUUACAUACGCUGGAAAAACAUGCUGUAAGUAAAGAGCCAGUUGAUUGCAAAAGGUUAUUUGGUGCUUUCACUAUGGACGUCAUUGCCACUUCAGCUUUUGCAACGAAGAUUGAUUCUCACAACGAUCCUGAUAAUAUCUUCGUGAAGAACGUAAGAAAAGCGUUUGGAGAAUUUACCGGCUUACGGCUUUUAGUUGUUUUCUUAUUACCAAAUUGGUUGAGAUUGGCGCUAGGAUUCAAAGGUCUACCAACAGGGGACUUUUUCCGAAAUGUAACCUUGGAAGUGAUCAAAGAAAGGAAGCAAAAGGGUUACAAACACAAUGAUUUCCUGCAACUCUUGAUGGAUGCUGCGGACGAAGAGAUUCGAGAACCUGAAAUUGCUUCAAACGCAGGUUUUAAAUCAUUAGAAGCAAACGAAGAUGAAGAUGAUCAGUUUGGAAGUGUAACGAAUAAGGAUACAUCCUAUUCUCUAAAGUACACAAAUAUAUCUCAAGACGAACUCAUAGCCCAGUGUGUGUUAUUUUUCUUUGUUGGUUACGAAACCACAGCCUCGACCCUAACUUUCAUGGCCUACUGUCUUGCUUCUAAUCCCGACUGUCAAGAAAAACUCAUUCAAGAAGUGGACGAUGCCUUUAACAAAUAUGGUCACGUGGACCAUGAUAUUACUCGGGAUAUGAAGUAUUUAGACUGCGUUAUAUCCGAAACGUUACGAAUGUAUCCUAUAUUGUCAAUGACAGAGAGGACAGCUUUAACUGAUUACAAACUAGGAAAUAGAGGAAUAACUAUUGAAAAAGGUAUAAGGGUAGCAUUCCUUGUAUAUGCCAUGCAUUACGAUCCAGAAUUUUUUCCUGAACCCGAAAAGUUUCUUCCUGAAAGAUGGGUUAAAGAUAGUUCAGGUAAACUAAGUCAUCCUGAUUACGCCUACUUACCGUUCGGUGCGGGGCCUCGGAACUGCUUGGGUAUGCGUUUUGCAUUGAUGGAAAUAAAGAUGGGCAUGGCAAAUUUUCUACGACACUACAGAUUUAGAAAAGCAAAAACUCUCAAGGGCUCAGAUAAUCCUGUUUCUUUAAACCGCAUUACUGUUAUGCCACGUAAACCACCAAUUAAUGCACAAAUAGAAGCUGAUGCUACAGAGCUGAUGGUGACUGCCCAAACUCUCUCUUUCCCUUCUAGAACUAAACCUUUUCUCGCAAAGAUUUCAGUUCUAUUCCUGCACUCUGUUCGGAAUAAAGUAUCAAAUAUGUUGUUACCAAUUGUUGCUUCGGUUGCUGUCCUUGUCAUCGCUUUAAUAAUACGAUAUUAUAGAAAAAAUGACGACUACUGGGAAAAACGUGGAGUAACUUAUGUUCCCCGUGAUGACAUCAUAACUAUAAUUCGCAACAUGUGUUACAAGCCAUUGCACGAACUGGUAUUGAAUCUAAGAAAACAUGGUAAAGUAGUUGGCGCCUUCGAAUUUCGAUCACCUUUUCUUGCAAUAGCUGAUCCAGAGCUCGCGAAAGAAAUACUAGUGAAAGACUUUCAUCUUUUCCCAAAUAGAAGGGACGAUUUUUUCACGGGUGAUCCGUUGUUUGAAAACAUGGUUUCAGCACUGAGAGGCGAAACCUGGAAAAGAGUGCGGACUAUCAUCACGCCAGCUUUUACAUCCAGAAAAAUGAGGAAAAUGUCCCAUAUCAUGAAUGACUGCUCGAAAUCUGUGUUACAAACGCUGGAGAAACAUGCCAUAAGUAAAGAGCCAGUCGAUUGCAAAAGGUUAUUUGGUGCUUUUACCAUGGACGUCAUUGCCACUUCAGCGUUUGCAACGAAGAUUGAUUCCCACAACGAUCCUGAUAAUAUCUUCCUGAAGAACGUGAGAAGGGCAUUUGGAGAAUUUACUGGCAUACGGCUUUUGCUUUUUUUCUUCUUACCAAACUGGUUAAGACUGGCAUUAGGAUUCAAAAGUCUUCCUACAGGAGAUUUUUUCCGGAAUGUGACCUUGGAAGUGAUCAAAGAAAGAAAACAAAAGGGCUACAAACACAAUGAUUUCCUGCAACUCUUGAUGGAUGCUGCUGACGAAGAGAUUCGAGAACCUGAAAUUGCUUCAAAUGCAGGUUUCAAAUCAUUAGAGGCAAACGAUGAUGAAGUUGAUCAGUUUGGAAGUGUAACGAAUAAGGAUACAUCCUAUUCUCUAAAGUACACAAAUAUAUCUCAAGACGAACUCAUAGCCCAAUGUGUGUUGUUUUUCUUUGUUGGCUACGAAACCACAGCAUCAACUCUCACUUUCAUGGCCUACUGUCUUGCUUCUAAUCCUGACUGUCAAGAAAAACUCAUUCAAGAAGUGGACGAUGCUUUUAACAAAUAUGGUCAUGUGGACCAUGAUAUUACCCGGGACAUGAAGUAUUUAGACUGCGUUAUAUCCGAAACGCUACGAAUGUAUCCUAUCUUGACAAUGACAGAGAGGACAGCUUCAACUGAUUACAAACUAGGAAACACAGGAAUAACUAUUGAAAAAGGUAUAAGGGUAGCAUUCCUUGUGUAUGCCAUGCAUUAUGAUCCGGAAUUAUUUCCUGAACCCGAAAAGUUUCUUCCAGAAAGAUGGGUUAAAGAUGGUUCAGGUAAGCUAAGUCACCCUCAAUAUGCCUACUUACCGUUCGGUGCAGGGCCUCGAAACUGCUUGGGCAUGCGUUUUGCUUUGAUGGAAAUAAAGAUGGGCAUGGCAAAUUUUCUGCGACACUACAGAUUUAAAAAAGCAAAAACUCUCAAGGAACCUCUAGAGUAUAUUCCAGGCUUUGGAUUGUUAAGCGUCAAAGAGCUUCCAUUGUUGAUAGAGAAAAGAACAGAACUCGAUACUCCGACAGCAAGUUAAUCUUAAGUUAGUCGCUUUGUGAAAAGGCGUCAACAUGUGAACUUCCAGAUAUCUUAUUUUUAUUAGAUAGUAAUUUAAAACUUCCAAUAUAUAUUAAAAAUCUCAUAUAUGAUGUACUUUUUUACGUAUUUUUAGAUUUUAAUAAAGAAAAGAAAAUACUCA